AUGGAGAAGCAAAUAGAGGAGCUGAAGCAGCAGCUGGAAAAGCAAUGUAUGAUCAACCAGGAGCUGCAGAGGCAAAAUAAAGACCUGGAAAAACGACUGCAGGAGAAAGAAAAACUUUUGCAGGAGCUGCACAGUCAAUAUCAUGAUCUGGACUUUCACUCUCAGAGCGGUAAUGAGAGUGAACCAGAGGUCCGGAAGAGCCGCGCAGCCGUCAUUGCCCCUGAGCCAAUCCCAGAGAACCUGGAGAUUAAACGCAUGAGGGUCAAGAAAACUGCCAGCGAGACAAAUCUGAUCGUCAAAGCCAUCCAGAAGAAUGACUUCCUGAGCCGCCUCGAUGAAGAGCAAACAGCCAUGAUGGUGGAUCUCUUGGCUGUGUUUAGCUUCAAACAGGGGGAUGAAGUCAUUAAGGAAGGCUCUGAGGGGGACAGCAUGUACAUAGUAGCAGCUGGUGAGCUUCUUGUCACGCAGGCAGGCAGAAACCUUCGCAGCAUAACCACUGGUGAUGUGUUUGGGGAGCUGGCUAUCCUGUACAACUGUAAACGGACAGCGACAGUCAAAGCAAAGACAGCAGUGCGUCUGUGGUGCAUGGAGCGACAGACUUACAGGACAAUCAUAGCCAAUAAGUCCAAGAAGAAACGAGAGCAACUCAUGGGCUUCCUUAAGACGUCUCGUACUCUAAAGGACCUAAAUGAUGUCCAGUUGUCCAAAAUCAUUGAUUCAAUGGAGGAGGUAAAGUACCAGGACAAAGACGUUAUAGUUCGAGAGGGAGCAGAAGGAAACACAUUCUACAUCAUCCUGAAAGGCGAGGUCCUGGUGACUAAGAACGUGAAUGGGCAUCAGAAGCAGAUUCGAAGGAUGGGAAAAGGGGAGCAUUUCGGGGAACAGGCCCUCAUACGGGAAGUCUUGAGAACUGCCACCUGCAGUGCUGACGGCCCUGUUACCUGUUUCUCCAUUGACAAGGAGGUGUUUGAAGAGACGAUACCCAUAGAACACCUGGAGCUGUUUGACGACUCCAAAGUGCUGCAGGAGGCAGAAGCUCCAGAAAAGUCGAGUCCCAGCUCCACCCUGAGGUUUAGGGACCUGGUUCCCGUAUUGUAUCAGGAGGGUCGCUUUCAGGGGGAUCCUGUCACGCUUGGAGUCGGAGGGUUUGGUCGUGUUGAGCUGAUGACCACAGUGAAUCAUGGGAAAUAUUACGCCAUGAAGCGAGUCAGCAAGAAGCACAUUGUUGCCAAGAGACAGGAGGAGCACAUGUUGUUUGAGAAGAAGAUCCUUAAAGCCAUCCAGUGUGACUUCAUCGUCAGGCUUCAUGCAGCUUUCAAAGACACACGAUACAUCUACAUGAUCAUGGAGUUCUGUGUUGGAGGAGAGAUCUGGACCAAACUCAAAGAAGUAGGACGUUUUGACGAGUCCAUCGCUGUGUUCUGCACUGCCUGUGUGGUGGAGGCCUAUGCCUACCUGCAUAAGAAGAACAUCAUGUACAGAGACCUGAAGCCUGAGAACCUGAUGCUGGACGUCAAGGGCUACGUCAAACUGGUAGACUUUGGUUUUGCUAAGGAGUUGGUGCGUGGAGAGAAAACCUACUCCUUUGUGGGUACUCCUGAGUACAUGGCCCCAGAGAUCAUCAAGAACCAGGGUCACGACUUUGCAGUUGACUUUUGGUCCCUCGGUGUCCUGAUCUACGAGCUAUUGGUGGGAAGCCCUCCCUUUUCAAGUUCAGAGCCACAGAAGAUUUAUUCUAAGAUUUUGGACGGGGUGCUCAAGUAUCCACCCUACAUGAGUGAGGCAGCCAAGUCCAUUAUCAGCAAACUGUGCAGACCUCGGCCGGGUCAGAGGUUAGGAAACACCAAGAACGGAAUCAAAGAUGUCCGGCAUCACAGGUGGUUCAGCAGUAUGAACUGGCACAAACUGCGUGUGGGUCAGCUUGACGCCCCCACAGUCCGGCUCAUACGCAAGGGCCCCUGCUACAUCAACUUUGAUCGUUUCCCUCAAGAUCAGACUAAAGCCGAGGAGGAGUUCUCUGGCUGGGAUCGUGACUUCUGA